AUGAGCAUUUGGAUCGUCGGCAGGGCCCAUCAUUGGUUGCGUGCGAAGCCCUGGAACAUCAACAGCUUCAUUCACAUUCCAGCAGUCCAGCCUGUGGCAGAAACGCAAAGGUUGCGACUCCUCCUGGUUCUCGCCGUCAGCGUUGGCUGCUUAGCCAGUGCCUUCGUUGCUCCCAGCAAGGUGCAGCAGUCGGAUCGUGGAACUCAAGGAGCUGUCACGAGGCAAACUCUUCCGAGUCUGCGGGGAGCCGAUACCCAGAACACGGCGGAGUCUCACGAGCACGCCAGAUCUCCGUGGCAGCGGGUCGCCACGUUUGCCUCGGCGCUUGUCCUCACGGCAGUGUUGGCGCUGCAGGGAAGCUUGCCGACGCCGCUCCCAGCGCAGGCUUUUGAGGAGUUGGAGCAGCGGGAGGUGCAGACAGUGGAUCUGUUUCAGCGGAACACACCUGGAGUGGUAUACAUCACCAAGGAGGUCUUCAAACUCGCCAAUGCCGGCAAGAUGAUGGAGAUCCAGAUGGUUCCAGAGGGCAGUGGGACCGGCUGGGUAUACGAUCUGGAAGGCCACAUUGUCACAAACUACCAUGUGAUUGAGAAUGCCCAAGCAGUCACCGUGAAGUUUAUCGAGGGCACGGAGGUGUUGGCCAAAGUGGUUGGUGCUGACCCCUACAGCGAUGUCGCCGUGCUCCAGGUUGACCUUUCCAAGACCAAAAAAGAAAUGCUGCGGCCACUUAGCCGAGGCUCCUCUGCCAACCUCCGGGUUGGACAGGAGGUCCUGGCCAUCGGAAACCCGUUUGGCUUGGAUCACACGCUGACAAAGGGCAUUGUUUCGGGUGUUGGGCGCACCAUUCAGUCUGUGGGAGGGAGGCCGAUUCAGGGCGCCAUCCAGACCGAUGCUUCCAUCAAUCCGGGGAACAGCGGAGGACCGCUGCUCAACAGCCGAGGGCAGGUGAUUGGAAUGAACACGGCCAUUUUCUCGCCCUCGGGAGCCUCGGCAGGUGUAGGCUUUGCCAUUCCCAGCGACACGGUGGCUGCACGGGUAGCCAGCAUUUUAAAGUUUGGCUACGUGAAGAGGCCCAGCCUGGGUCUGUUUUUGGGCCAGGAUGGUCUGGCACAGAGGCUUUCAGGACGACCCGGCGGACUCAUCUCGGGGCUGCAGCGUAGCAGCGCAGCCGCUGAGGCAGGCUUGAAACCAGGAGACAUCAUCCUGAAAAUCGACGAGCGGAACAUCUCCACGGUGAACGACAUCUUCGCGGUCUUGGAUGAACACCAGCCCGGGGACGCAAUCAAGGUGAGGUUCCUCCGGCCAGACCGACCCGAGAGCUUGGGUGUGCCAGGAGAGGAGAUCCGUUUCGCCGAAGGCUCCGUGGAGGUGACGUUGAAGGAGGCAGAGGCACAGACAUCGGGAUGA